UAAACUAGAAAUAAAAGAAAAAAGAAAGAAAGAAAGAAAGGAAUUCCAUUGAGGUUUUUAUAGUUAAUAAUACAGAGAAAAUAAGAAAUUUUUAGGAUCCAAUGUUUUGCCACAUGAUACCAACCCAACCUUAUUUCCGAUCAGAAAGGACAAUGAAUCUAUAUGUCAGUUAAAAGUUUUCCUGUCGUGACAAGGAAGGAAACUGGACUGGUAUUUCCUAAGACAGCAACAUGGCCCCCAUACCAGUGAUGUCACCAUGUGGAGGCUUAUCAACUGUCUAGCUGAAACAAAAGUGGCUGUCUGGGUCUCAGACGGGGAGUCCCACGCUUAGAAGAAAUAGAUCUAUCAAGGAAACAAAUUUGCAGCGCCCAGAGAUGAAGAGAUCAACAUCAUGGCUUUGUACUUUGGCUACUCAGCUAUCUCUUUGCUUUGCUCUCUACAUAGUUAUCAACUUGGGUCAGCCUGAAAAGUUGGUAUACAACGAUAAUAGUGGGCCUCUUGACCUGUACUUUAUCAGUGUUAGAGGAGGCUUUAGACCACUUAAAGAACAGAACCAUCUUCUCAAACUGAUGGAGAAUGUGGCGAAAGCUUACGAUGUAAAGCUUGUGGUGAACAUUAGUGAGCUUGGGGAGGGUGAUCCACUCCUUCAGAAUGUGACCAGGCUCUCUCCAUUACUGAAAGUUCCCUGGUACACCACUGGAGUUUCUAAACAGGACGGACUUGGUUGCUUUCUCGAGCAAAUCAAAUUACCUAAUGGGAGAACAUUAGCUAUUGUCAGUUUGAACACUGCUUCAUUGCAGGAUACAAUGCUUGUGGGAUCAUCAAGUGGCAUGAUGGACAAUUUGUUAAAUUGGCUGACAAGGACACUAGAAACCACCAUUAGUAGCUGGCGCAUGGUAGUUGGAUUCCACCCAUUGGUUGCAUGUGAAGAGAGUGAGGAGCAAAUGGUUGUAAAGCAGAUUCAUGAGCCUCUACACCAAAUAUUUAUGAAGUUUGGAGUGAAUCUUUACCUAAGCCAGCAAGGUUGCUCUAGCUAUGCCCUUCAAGAUAGUGUUGCUUAUAUAGGUAACCCGGGUUUGAUUAAAGAGAACUCUCAUUUGCCUUCUGCCAAUGGAAGAUACCUAGUUAGAAAAGAAAUGAGUAAUGGGUUUCUUCUCCAUAGACUCAGCUUGCUGGAGAUGGUGACCUACUUUGUUACCUCAGAAGGGAAGGUCGUGAACAAAAUUGUAGUCCAAGAAAGGGGCAAAGGGGUCAUGUAAAUGCCUAGUGGUGAAAGCACAUUCAACAAUUCUCUGACGCCAGUGUUCAGCUGCUUCCAGAAUUUUCAGUUUUGUUUGAUCUUCUCUGAGUUAACCCCAAACUUUUCAACAGUUCAUGUAGAUGGCAUUCAAUUGAUGAGACCUCCACCCUCUAUUGGGGUGAUUGUUCAGCUUGUUCCUCCUUGUAAAUUAGCACUGACAAAUUUUGUUUGUCAUCAAAUGUUCUUUCUUCUCUUCAAAAUAUGUUGAAUGAUCCUAACAGACAUAGUCCAGUGCUAUCAGGUUGCAUACCAAGCGAUAAAAAUACCCUGAAUUUAAGUUAAA